ACCACACACAACAAAAAAAAAAAAACCAAGCUAUCCAAUAUGCCCAUUGUAAUUCUUUUAGGAGGAGGACAUGCUGCUGGAAAACAUACUGCCGGAAAGUUUCUUCGAGAAGAACUUUCCUUAAGAAAGGAAACUCAAAAUUAUGCAGUUCACACCUUAGACAUGGAUGAGUUCAUCAUCACUGAGAACACCAACACAGAGUCAUGCUCGCACAAACCAUCACGCUUUGACUUUGAAUCAUUAAAGAAACGCAUUUCCGAGCUCCCUAACGACAGUAUAGCCAUAGUGAUAGGGUUGUAUGCACUCUACGACAAGGGACUUAGAGAUUCUGCUCAAAUUAAGGUGUUCAUUGAUAGUGAUGCCGAUGUAAGACUUAUUCGUUGGAUUAGAAGAGAAGCCAAGGUCACUGAAGAUGAAGCUGAAUCACGUUUGAUUUUGGAAAAAGUCAUUGGACAAUAUAUGAAUGGAGCUCGUUCUGAAAUGACAGACUACAUUUUCCCUACCAAGGAGUUUGCAGAUGUAAUUUUCCCACGAGGAGUAGAAGCAAGUUCCGUGAGGUUGAUUGUAGACGGUAUACAGCCAUCUAGCGACUCAUUCAAGAGCACCAGUAACCAACUCAGACCUUCUCGUUUCGCCAAGGAAAAGUUUGACAAGGAAAAGGGAAAGUUUUACGAGUUGAACUAGUGAUCAAUCCGUCACUAUUAUAUAGAGAAUACAUGCAUCCAACUUUCUACCAAGAUACCCUAUUAUAUUCUUAUUUGUUUCUUUUUUUUUUUAUUACUAUUAUUAUUAUUAUACAUCUAAU